UGUGUUGCAGCUCGUGUCCUCUCCACGACAAAAAUAAACCGAGACCGACGAUGGGUUGCGGCGGCCGAUAGCCAAAAAGGAAACGAGGAACGCAAGAAGAACACAUAGAAAACCCCCUCUAAAUCCAAAAGCGACGCGGUGAAACACAAAUAUCAAGCGCUCCUCCGAUUCCUUCCCUCUCUGUGUCUUUUCAGCUCAAGAUCUCUGCCCUCCUGUCCGAUUCCGAGUCUCGAACCCUUUCCAUUAUCGGUUUGAUCUCAUCCUUCUUCGAUUCUAGAAUCUUCUUUUAUCCCUCAUCUUUGAUUCACGGCCAUGGACGCCGACGGCCGAAACGGCAACAAGAGAUUCCACCAGAGAUUGGCGCCGCUAGACCGCGCCAACAACAACGUCUGCUACCACUGGCGGGCGGGGCGGUGCAAUCGCCACCCCUGCCCCUUCCUCCACAGCGAGCUGCCACCGCAUCAGCAGCAGCAGCAGUCCGUCGCUCCCGACGGCGGCGCCAUCGCGAAGCGGAACAACGUCUGGAGGAACCCUGGCGCCGCCUCGGGCCCUCCCUCCAAGUGGGGGAAGGGGCGCGGUGGAGGCGCCGUCGGGCGACCUCCCGGCAGGGCCUCCGGCAGGGCCUCCGACAGGAUCUGCCAUUACUUCUUAGCAGGGAACUGUACGUACGGCGAGAAUUGCCGCUUCUUGCACUCGUGGUUCAUCAGCGACAGUUUCUCCCUUCUGACCCCGCUCCAGGGGCAUCAAAAGGCCGUAUCAGGUAUUGCACUUCCUUCUGGCUCGGACAAGUUAUAUUCUGGAAGCAUGGAUGAAUCUGUUCGGGCUUGGGAUUGCCAGACUGGGCAGUGCGUUGGAGUCAUCAAUAUGGGAGGUGAAGUCGGAUGUAUGAUCAGUGAAGGGCCCUGGUUAUUUAUCGGAGUUCGAAAUGCUGUCAAGGCAUGGAACACACAAACGGCAACAGAGCUGAGUCUUGAUGGCCCUAGUGGACAAGUUUAUUCUCUGGUUGUUGGCAAUGAGUUGCUUUUUGCCGGAACUCAGAAUGGACGUAUAUUGGCAUGGAAAUUUAGUGCUGUUGGAAACUGCUUUGAACCGGCAGCAUUCUUUGAUGGCCAUCAACUUUCAGUGGUUUCAUUAGUGGUGGGAGCUUUGAGGCUUUACUCCAGUUCUAUGGAUAAUACGAUAAGAGUGUGGGACCUUGCAACUUUUCAGUGUAUCCAGACGCUUACUAACCAUACAUCAGUUGUCAUGUCAGUGCUCUGCUGGGAUCAAUUUUUACUAUCAUGUUCACUGGACAAAACAAUAAAAGUUUGGGUAACAACAGAAAGUGGAAACCUAGAAGUAACAUAUACUCACACUGAAGAGCAUGGAGUGCUUGCUUUAUGUGGCAUGCAUGAUGCUCAAGCGAAACCCAUCUUACUAUGUUCUUGCAAUGACAACAGUGUCCGCUUCUAUGACCUGCCAUCGUUCAGCGAAAGGGGUAAGAUUUUCUCCAAAGAAGAAGUUAGAGCAAUACAAACUGGACCUGGUGGUCUAUUUUUUACUGGAGAUGCGACAGGUGAACUUAAGGUGUGGAAGUGGUUGACCAAUGAGGUGGCAAAUUCAUGAAAAGGAGUGAUCAGCCUUUCCUAUUUAUAGGAUCCUCUCAUGUAAAUUUAAGGGAUUCGGUGAAGGGCCAGAAGUGAGACUUAAUGCUGCCAUUUUUGUCAUCUCGGCUAUUGGGAUCGUAGUUACGUGCCGUGCAAGUACUUCAUCUCGGUAGAAAUCAGAUUAUGGUAUAUUACCCAGAUGCCGUAAUUGGCCAUCACUUUGGAAUGGAGUUAGCAGACAAAUUGUUUUUUGUGAUUUCAUGCCAUGUGGAUAAGCUGUCAAGCCAGCGAAGAACUGAAUCCAAAUCUGCAUUCUUUCUGGGAUUCACAGAGCUCUGAGGGUCAUUACUAAAACAAAAGGUGUGCAGUGAGAAAUUUUCAUAUCAAUGUAUGUAGGUUUUGGCAGUUUGACAGCAUCGUAGUCAUUCAGUUAUCUGAGGUCUGAUGCAUGAUUUGUGGUAGUGUGUAAGUUUCGGAGUAAGAUGCUGUUUUGUGCACGCUCUAAUCCUCGGACAUUUGGAGCAAGGAUUUAAAACAACCGAUUGCUGCAUUUAUUAGUGCAGAAAUUUGGGCC